GUCUAUGACCUCAAAGGUUGGCUAUAAUAUAUCUGAAGGAAGUGUGUCGGGUCCAUUGUGUGUGGUGUAAGUGAAACUGUAGGGUGUUCGCUGCGACUAUUGAGAAAGGGAAAGAAGUAGCCCAACAAUGGCUACUAGGAAAUUUUACGACUUCACGGCCAAACUCCUUACAGGAGAAACGUUUAAUUUCUCCUCCCUACAGGGCAAAGUCGUCCUCAUUGAGAAUGUAGCGUCUCUCUGAGGUACGACCACCAGGGAUUACACCCAGAUGAACGAGCUCCAGCAGCGUUAUGCCAGCAAGGGGCUUGUUAUCCUGGGAGUACCCUGCAACCAGUUCGGCCAUCAGGAGAACUGCAAGAAUGAAGAAAUCCUCAUGUCUCUGAAGUACAUCCGCCCUGGAAAUGGCUUUGAGCCAAAGUUUCAGCUACUGGAGAAAGUGGAUGUGAAUGGGAAAGAUGCCCAUCCCCUGUUUGUGUUCCUGAGGGAGAGUCUCCCAUUCCCCAGUGAUGAGCCAGCAGCCCUGCUGAACGACCCCAAGUUAAUCAUCUGGAGCCCGGUCUGCAGGAACGAUGUGGCCUGGAACUUUGAGAAGUUCCUCAUUGGGUCAGAUGGAGUGCCGUUCAAGCGUUACAGCAGGAGGUUCCUCACCAGCGACAUCGAGGGAGACAUCAAGAAGCUCCUCAACCAGGCUAACUAAUCCUUAAUGUCGUCCAACCAUCGUGCAGCUCCCACCGUACUACCCCAGAGUGUGUGUGCCCCACAGCUUCAGUAGAUGGUGUAUGACACUUUUCACGACCACCUGUGCUCUCUUGUACAUGAUGAGUGUGUUGUGUUCUUUUACUAAAUGAAGACAUCCUCUGAAACCAAGCUAAUUGUGAGGGGGGUAUCUGAUGAAAUGUAAAAGGCUCAACGUUUCCGCUGUAUUGGGUGCAUGUAAAGCACAGCUGUGGUUUGAUGUGUUAAGAGGAUCAAAUAAAUAUAUAUUUUCCCGAA